CCCUUAAAAUCUGUUUUUGCAAAAACGUCAACAAUCAUCAGCUGUUAUAGUUAUCGUUUUUGUUUCAAAGGCCAAAUAAAAGUGACAACUUGAAUUUAUUUUGUUGCUUGGUGCGCACACGUCACGUUUACUGACCGCACAAAAAAAAUACUUUUUAACAAUAGUUAGAAAAGGAAAAUUGCAUAAGCUUUCUUAGCUUAAAUUAAUUCUUCAAGUCAUUUUAAAUCUAUAAAUACAAUUCAAACAAAACAGUUCAUAAAAACAAAAGACGUCUAAAGCCAUUUUUAAAAGGCUAAUCGUUGUUUCUUGUGUUUUGUUUUUUCGGCAUUUGUAUCGGAGUAAACUCAAUUCGACAAAAAUAUUUUAAACUGUUUCCAUCGUUGCCUACACGUUCAACAUUUACCAGAAUUUUUACAAAAAUGGUAGGAUCCAAUUCCAACAAGUACUUAUAUCUAAAGGAUAUUCCAAAACUCAGUCAAAGUCACUGUAAAAUGAAGGAUCCUAAACGUGUUGAGAAAAUCAUAAAUGAACUUAUACUUGGAGGAGUGGAUCGCUUGCAAGUUGUCUCUGACUUUGAUUAUACAAUAACAAAGCAAAGAACUGAAGAUGGUUCGAAAGUAUUGAGUAGCUUUGGUAUUUUGAAUGCCUGCAAAUCACUUCCAAGUUCGUUUGUUGAGGAAUCUGGAAAAUUGUACGACAAAUACCGUCCUAUUGAAAUUGAUCCGCACAUACCGGUUCAAGAAAAGGUCAAAUAUAUGGUUGAGUGGUGGAGAAAAACUGGAGAUUUAUUGGUUGGGUUUCCACUUGGUCAGGACGAAAUUGAUGAAAUAGCGUUAGACUGCAAGGAUAAAUUAAGAGAUCAUACUUAUGAAUUGUUCCAUUCCCUUAAUCGCUUAAACGUUCCUGUACUAGUUUUCUCUGCUGGGCUUGGAAACUCAGUAGUCUCCGUUUUGAAACACUCGAAAGUAAUGUAUCCAAAUGUGAAAGUUAUUUCUAAUUUCCUGCAGUACAAAGGUGAUAUGCUAGAUGGCUUCCAAGAGCCUAUGAUACACACAUACAAUAAAAAUGAAACAGCUCUGGAGGGCAGUGAGUAUUAUGAUCUUGUGCAUUCUAGAGAUCAUAUCAUAGUAAUGGGUGACUCAAUCGGUGACGCCGGAAUGGCUGAUGGAGUUCCCAGUUCCUCGCAUAUAAUUAAAAUUGGAUUUCUUUAUGAUCAUGUUGACGAGAAUCUUAGUAAAUACAUGGAUGCUUUUGAUAUAGUUCUAGUUGAUGAUCAAACAAUGGAUGUACCAAGAUCUCUUUUAGAUAUAAUCGAAAAGAACCAUUUAAAAUGUAAUGAGUGACCAGACACCUUCUUCAUUAUGUUUUAUAUUUCUAACUAAAAGUUGUGUUUUGUUUAAUUUGAUGGUAAAGACGUUUUCUUAUUUUUCCAGGAAAAUAAUCAAUGUUUCUAUUAAUUUUAUAAAGCAUGACAUGUAAUACGUAGAUUUAUUCUUUGUGUUUGUCUAACAAGCUUAUAAGUACCAUAUUAUAAAUCCUGUAAUAAAGAAGAUGUUCAGAAUAA